GCGGAUAUCUGACAGGGUUUUGUUGGGAACACAAUAGUCUCAGCAUCUCCAGGGAGGUCAUUACAGAUGCAAAUCCCAUUCACAGUGGUGUUUUAUGUCAGCUGUUUUCUUGACGCUCCCGGACAGCCGCGGAAAGUGUCCCGUCGAGGAAUUGCAAAUCAAGGCGGGAAAAAAGAGACGGGCGGACAGGGCUUCCACUGACGUCAUCGUGGCUUGGGGCGAGUCACUUUACCAUCUUCUUGAGUGUAAAACAGGUCGGCUGGUGUUUGAAAACUACCUGAGGACAGAAUACAACGAUGAGAAUGUUCUAUUUUGGCUGGCCUGUGARAACUACAAAACCAAUUCUGGUGAUACAGAAAUGAAAGUUGAUGCCAAAAGGAUUUUCAAAGAGUUUGUCCAAGUCGGUGCACCAAGACAGAUAAACAUUGACUGUGUGACGAGAAAAGAAAUCAGAGGAAAUCUCUCUCAUCCGGGGCCAAAUUGCUUCGACAGGGCACAGAGGCUGAUAUACCGUCUGAUGGAAAACGACUGUUAUCCACGAUUUCUAAAAUCUGAGCUGUACAAAGUGCUCCUGGAGCAGGCUGAAGGAAAAUAAAGGCAACAUGAAGAAAAAAAAAAACAUCUCAUCAAAUUCUUAUUUGAAUUGAUUCUUCUCUUCAGAAGAGUUUUUGGAAUUAAACAAAACGUCUGCCUGUCAGAGGAAUAGGAGGUGAAAAGAAGUUCUGUUGAGUAUUGACAUUAUCUAAGAGCUAAACAGAUGUAAUUAUUCUCAAGGCAUUUUUUUUUUAGAAAUAGUGUUUCACAUAAAACAGAUGGCAUCCAUUUUGAACGUUUUACUACUAGUUUGCCCAGUAAAUCAUGAGUUUUGAAAGGUUUGGUUCAAGGGUUAACAUGAAACAACUGACCUGAACAGUUUAUGUUGUAUUAACAUGACUUUGUGUAGAGAUUAAAUAAGUUAAAGAUGCACAAGUUAUAUGAAAAGUGUUUUUAAGCUUCUCUAUCAUACUACAGUGAGGACUUGUUUUCUUUUUUGCUGUGAUGUGUUUUUAUUUCCCUGAUGCACAUAAAUGACUACAUUCACAAAUUUUAAACUGAGGGCUUAGAAUGUUUACAU